ACACGUUUCAUAUAAAAAUUAUCUGACUAUACCUCAUAGUGUCUUAUGAUUAUUGUUUUCAGGGAUGAACAUCUGAGUGCAAUAGUAGACGCACCGGAAAUUGGAACCCUUGAGCAGAGCAUGCAUGACAUGAGCAUUGAUGAGGAGGAGUUGAACGAAAAUGCAUUCAAUGACCCCAUGAACAGUGUGAUUGAUUGGGCAGAAGAGGGGCCCUCAUGUCAUGGUGACCGGGAUGAUAGCUCCGAUGAUGAAUAUCUUCCGCCAAUUUCUUUGCGAAUGGGUGGUGCAUUGAAGGGAGCAGAGGUAAUUGAAAAUCUCCCAACUAUCGGGAUUGAUGAGACUGUGCACGACCUGACUGCGCCCGACCAGACUGCCCCUUCGUAUGAGCCCAUGAGUCUUGAGCUGCCAAUUUUGCCAGGCCCUCAGAAGGUCCUCAGUGAUGAUGACAUCGUUGGCGUCAGAGCAGCAUUGCUCUAUGAGAACUGUUUGAGGCAGCUUGUCACAUUUUUAACUCUGCCUGUGAACAGAUGCACUGGUGUCUUGAGGACUGGUUUGGUGUGUGACAGUGUUGGCCCUUUUUCAACAAACAUCACCUUCAGGGGCACUGCAAUGAUAGUUGAAUGGGGCUGCCCCAACGGACAUUGCCUGUGGCGGUGGAAUUCCCAGCCUGUGAUGAAGUUUGGCAUGCAGGCUGAGACACCCCUCGCUGCAGCCUGCAGCGCGAUGACGUGGUGGAUUAAUCCAAUACAUUUGACUGGAUUUGGCAAGAUGCCCUUGCUCAUUAAAGAAGAUGGAGAUGUGGCUUUCCUCAGACUGUCUCUGACAUGCCAGCUUUUUCACCAUGUUGUUAGUGAAGCAUCUUUCAGAGAAAAGGCUCAUGUUGUCUGGCUUGACAGUGUUGUCAACUGGAACACAUUCUCCAUGGUGUAG